CUCUCAUUUACAGGCACGAAUGCUAAUCGUUAUUUUCAAAUACUACUUGAGCGAUAGCUGAAUAACCACACUGGCUUCAGUGUAUAUCGGACGUUGGAUGUUAUAACCUGCGUGUACGAAUGAACUUUUUGUGAUCUUUGGUACUAAAACGUGUUCCACUCGCAAAAAUUAAGCAGUUAUUACUAUCCAGAGUAACCAAUUCAACAGUUCAGUGCACUUCCAAGUUCAACGCUCAGAGAUAAUUACGCGUACGUUUUUGUGUGUGCAUUUGUGUGGUUGUGUUAGUUUGUAAUAUUGUUGAUUCGUGUUAUUAAAUAAGAAAUAAUGUGAAUAAUUUUAGCAGUUCAUUUUAUUACAUAUUUCUGAACAUGCGUGCACGGUGAGUUGCGCAUGAGUGUCAGUGUUUUUUUAAAGGGGAGUUUCAUCCUCUUUUCUUCAGUUAUGGUAUUAAUCUGCUCUGUGUUUGUAUUACAAAGUGAGGGUGUGAAAUAAAAAAGUAUAUUCGAGAAUUAUUACCAAGCAAAGUGGUGAAAUGCGAAAGAGUAAAAAGUGUUAAUUGUAUUGUGUGUGCUAAAAUUUGCUACUUGGUAGUGAAAGACUAUUUUCUGUGAAACGUUCUUAAAAACGGCCGUCAAAAUCGUCCUCCAGUGGCAUAUUUCGGGCAAAAGCCCAUUUCAGCAUAUCAACAUAACUGGUCUUUCAGACAUCGAAAGGCCAGGCAGAGGUGUAGACGGAACAACUGAAACUGGACCCGAUAUGACGGUCCCAGUCCAGCGAAACUCGUUGGCGGUUUUACAACCGCCUAGAUCGCGAUUUAUGAUUACUGAUAUCCUUGCUGGAAGUGGUACAACUCCUCCAUCUAAUACCGGGUCGUCCGAUGUUGUUGAUAGUAUAGAUUUAAUGACAAAUGGCUCAAGUGAACACCUUUCUAUCAACCUUGGGAGUGUUGAAGCAUUGUCUGGCAAUAUCAAUUCGACAGAUAUAUCUCCUAUUCCCGGAAUAAUCAAUGGAAGCACCAAUGGAAGUGAAGGACGCACGCCGAGCCCACCCAAUUGUCCAAGAGAUCUUAGUAUUUGUCUACCCACACAUGGAUCGUCCAGCAUUCUGCACGCCAGUAAUAAUCCUCUUGCGUUGCAUGCCGCUGCAGCUGCAGCAGCAGUAGCUGCUGCUGCCGCGGUAAAUACCGGAAACGAUGACGAAGCUCAACACAAUCAACAACAAAAAUCUCACCAUCCACAUCAUCAUCAUCCACAUCACCAACAUCACGGACUUACAGCUCAUACACUUGCAAACCAUGGGUUUAUAGGCGAUCAUGAACCGGAGAGUGAUAGCGAUGAUAGCUGCCCAAUGGAUAACUCAAGUAUUUGUAGCAACGGUGGAAAAGAUGAAGAUGGCAACAGCAUCAAAAACGGACUUGGACUUAGCAGUUCCUCAGGGCUGAGUAAAAAGCAACGAAAAGCUCGCACCGCUUUUACUGAUCAUCAAUUGCAAACCCUUGAAAAAAGUUUCGAACGACAAAAGUAUUUAAGCGUGCAAGAUAGAAUGGAGCUAGCCAAUAAGCUUGGGCUAAGCGAUACUCAAGUUAAAACUUGGUAUCAAAAUCGAAGAACAAAGUGGAAGAGACAAACUGCAGUAGGAUUAGAACUAUUAGCAGAAGCUGGAAAUUAUGCUGCGUUUCAGCGGUUAUAUGGUGGACCUCCUUACAUCGGCGCCUGGCCUUAUCCUACUCCUUCAGGGCCUCCUGGAACGUCACAAAGUGCGGUUGACGCAUACUAUAGACAUGCAGCUGCAGCAGCUGCUCUCCAAAAACCCUUACCUUAUCGUAUGUAUCCAGGUGUACCAACCAUUGGAACAUUGAAUCCUAUAUCGGGCCCAAGCGGCCCAUUCCCUCACCUCUCUGCGUCCAGUUCACUUUCAACGCUGAGCAGUUACUAUCAAGCCAAUUGUGGGCAACAACCAGCAGGAUCAUUGCUACAACAACCUCAUCAAACUCCUAGCGGUGGAUCAAACCAACUUCGCGAUGGUGAAACCAGUGUUGGAGCAGGAAGCCAACAUGAUAUUAGUAAUCUUAACUCACUUACCAGCAUUAGUAAUCAUAGUCUGAACAGCCAGAUAAGGCAUAGUCCUAGCCCGAUGCUCAAUCCCGGUAGUCCACCAGGACAAUCCGAAAGUAAUCCACCUGAUAGUGAUGACGAGGAAGAUAACAUUCAAGUAUGAAAAGUACAUAGUCCAAAUGACAUUAAAAGUCACUUUUGCCUUCCUAAUCCAACAAUUAUCAAUAAUGUUGAAAAGCUAGUCCACUUAACUAGCAAUAGACACAUACAGUGACCGACAAAAUAAAGUUUUUUUUUUAAUUUGUGUAUAAGUUACAGUUUAAAAAAGCUUCCAUUGCGUACAUCAAAAAUAAAAUUAAUAUUUUUUUUAAUUAUAUAAAUUCAACUUCAAAGAACAUUCAAGAACUACAUGUUUAUUGAUAUCGGUUAUUGAAUUUCUAUUAAAUAAAAUACUCUGAGAACAAAAGACCAUCUAGCAUAAGUUUAAACAAUAAUUUCUAUCCAGUAGUUAAAUGUUUUCUUGGAACUUCAAUUUAUUAGCAGCUUGUACACAUUAUUAUUUUGAUGUCCCAGACAAUCAAUUUGUAAUUGUUUUCUGAUAUCGUAAAGAUAGGGUGUCGAAACUAUGACCCGCGUGCUCUCGAGAGCCUCAUUAAAGACCCGCGAAUAUUUUGUAAAAUAUAACGUGUAUUGUAUUUUAUUGCUAUUGUAGUUUAUUGUUUUAAAUACUUUCAUCAACUAUUUAGUUUUUAUUUCUGAAAACGUAAAUCAAGCUGCAAUAAUAUUGUAUUGUACAAGUUUGAAUUAGAUUCCGAGCAUUUUAUUAUCAAAACUAGAUUCAAAUGAGAUUUUCAUUAGCUAAAGGUAAGGUCGAAAUGGCUCUCAUCAUCGUUAUUUGCGAAGAAAUUUAGCCCGUCAACAAAAAAGCUUGGAGCUCCUGGCGUGAAUAUUGAGAAAAUCAUUCGGGGCGAGUACAUGCCUAGCUGUUACCAUCACACAGAGAUCUACUGAAUAAGAAAAUGAAUACGAAGCUAAGUAGGUGAAAUAAUUCAGCACCAGAAGUAACCCGAAACCGAAGCGAACCCAAAUGAAGGUUGGCACGAACCUUUGUUUUAAUAGCCCCCUCCCCUUUUUUGCAGGUUUUCCUACAAAAAUUACUAAGUGCACACAAUUAUAUCAACACAAUUCCAUCAAUUGAAAUUAAUAAUACUAACCAAACAUGCUUUAUUGAAACCAUAAUCACCUGCACAACAAACAUUGAACUUAAUUACAAAUUAAUGCACAUAAUUUUUAUCACUUUUCACACUCUUACAGUGAAUAAAACCACAAAAUCGCCACAGCACUAUUUGCUCUUCAUCGCUGUUGCGUUUGGUUCUUCUCUGGUUCUGUACGGGCCACGACACAGUCACAGGUUUUGUUGUCUCUGUUCACCGUGAAAAAACCCAUGAAAUGGAAGAAAAAUAAUGUUAGUUCUGAGGGGGAAUGAUGGUUUUUAAUUUGAUUACUUUUACUUACCAAAAAUAAGACACAACUUCAUUUUUAAGCGGUUUAUGUACGGACCAACAGGCGAUCGAAGAUCAAACAAGUAUCAACCUCACUGCACUGAAAAUAAAGCUUCCCAAAUAGCAGAGCUGACGUUGUUGAGAGAUUUUUCUUUGUACCAAACGGAGAGACCCAGUCCGCUCUAGUGUUGGGUAAAUCUGAUUCGGAUUCAUGAAUCUGAAUGAAUCUUUGAAAUGAAUCAAUGAAUCUGAUCCCGGUUGCAAAGAUUCCUGAAUCUCCAAAUAUUCUUGAAUCACCAAAGAUUGAUGUGUCUCAAAAG